CAAGGCUAUCUGGAUAGGAUGCACGGAGGCAGCACUUCGAGUCGCCUUGACAGCGAUGUAGGGGACCAUGGCAGCUUUCCACUCGCGACUUCUGUCGCCCGUACGCUUCAAUACACGCCAAGCGCACGUCUCAAGAUUUUCCUCUCCUAUGGUCACGACAGGUUCCAAGCUCUAGCCUUCCAUUUGAAGGCUGCAUUGCAACGACGCGGUCACGUGGUGUGGCUGGAUAUUGAGAAGUUGUCAGCAGGUAUUGAUUGGGAGGAAGGCAUUGCAGGCGGCCUAUCUUGGGUCCGGGAUGCAGGCCCAGACGGCCGAGUGUUGCUGGUCAUGACGCCUCAUGCAUUACGACGACCGGACGGCUACUGUCUCAAUGAAGUUGCAAGGGCUGCAUCGUUAAGACUCAAUAUUUUCCCCGUAAUGGUGGCUGAGAGUGCGCCGCCGCCGAGUAUUGGGAUACUGCCGUUCUUCGAUAUGCGCGACUGCGUCCCUGGAGAUUUGGGGCUUGCAAAGGACAGUCGGGAGUGGCAGGAUCUCAUGAAAAGCUGCUUGGAAUCGUCUGCCUUCUUGGACAAGGCGGAACGAUUGUAUGCGAUGCUGGAAUUGGUGCGAUGUUGUUUUAAACUGACUUGAUAGGCUGACUCAGCGCAACAUCUUGCUGCGUUGAAGUUGAAGGCAAGCAGGACUGACUUUGUCUCCGCUUGUGUUGCAUGGGUUGUUGCAGUUUGAUUCCAUUACAAGCUACGGUGUUCCUGCGGUGGCAGGGUUGGCAAAUUUAGGCCUCUUUCCGGGCUUUGAUGACCACCACCUGGACACGCCGCGGAGCAGCAGCGUACGGCGACUGCUCUCAUCUUCUCCAACGCGCGGACGAUCCGCCAGUCUAGAUGUUCCGUCGGAAGAGUCAAGUAAAGAUGCUACAUCGACCCUCAGUACUGCAUCAGUUCAGGUAGCUGAAGCGGUGAGCGUCAAUGAAGCUGAGAACGUAAGCGCCAGUGCAGCCUCCGCGGUUGUUGGUCAAGGCACUAGUGAAGAUUCUUCAGCGAUUAAAGUGGAUGAUGACAAUGCAGUAUCAUGCCGAAAAACGCGAUACGUUCUCAGCUACGACGUGAGCUGCUACGUGCUCGCUCUUCAAAUUUACCAAGAUCUUACAAAGUCAGGAUUCUCCGUUUACCCAGUGUCAACGACGGGUAGUAUUGGAUUAACCAUGGAGGACGGAACAAAACCCAGUUCUCGAGAAGAUGCUCUUCAGUGGGCAUCGGCCGAGAAAGAUGGCAAGCUAAUACUCUUGCUGACGGCGGAGAGUGUGGGACGUCCGCAUGGUGUCAGUUUGAAUGAUGUGUCAGCAGCUAUGAGCGCAGGACUGGGUUUUGUGCCUCUGCUCGUCCGCACCUGCGAGAUUCCGCUCUCAAUCUGUCGUAUUCAAUGGUUAGACAUGACAGACUGCCUUAUAUACAGUGGCGACGCGAUUGGGAACGGAGUCACGGCCAGCCUUAACCAAGUCAGAUACGAGAGUCGCAAGGACCAGCUCAUAUCGGCUUUGGAAGGUACUUUAGACCAUGAAGGCCAGCAGGCAAGGCUGUUUUCUCUAUUGGCUCCGUUCAACUUCCAGCGUCAAAUCAGUCACCUCACAGAGAACUUCAUUGGAAGAGAAUGGCUCUUCGAGCAGUUUCAACGAUGGGUUCAAGGCUCUGCGGCUUCGUCAUCAACACGUGAGCUCAGUAACCAGCGCGUGUUUUGGGUGGUCGGCCAGAUUGGCUCGGGUAAAACGUCCGUGGCUGCGUGUAUGGUACAGUCUUGUCCCGAAAUCGCUGCAUUUCACUUGGCUACGCAGGAAGAUGAGCAGACACACAACGCUCGACGGUGUAUUCUCUCGCUCGCUUACCAGCUGACGACUCAGUUACCAGAGUACGCUCACUAUUUGCAGUCUCAUGAACCAUUAGAAGAGAUGGUCCCUGUUGCGUCUUUCGUGGAACUCGUGACACAUCUGCUGAUCGGCCCACUCACUGCGAUUGCGAGGCCAUCGAAGUACAAGUCGCUGGUUCUGCUAAUUGACGGUGUCGAGUGGUUGAUACCUGCUUCGUCAUCUUCUCAAAUGCCGCCGUUUAGCGGAGGAUCAUGGAGAGAAAAUAAGGACGAAGAGUGUUUUGUGUCAAUGCUGCCAAUGCUCGUGUCACGGUUGCCAGAAUGGGUUCGUAUUGUCUUGUUGAGCCGAGAAGAACCACCCGUGCUGUCCAAAUUACGCGCCUUCGAUCCCCCAGAUGUGACUAUCGAACAGUUCAAGCACGAAAACGAUCAAGAUAUCCGUCGAUAUAUCAAUCAUUCCCUCUCAAAAUUGCAGUUAAGCGAAGUGGAAUUUGAGAAAGCUGCAGCACAGAUAGGCACUGACUCGGGCAACAAUCACGAGUUCGGGAUGGAGCAAGUGGUUGAGUUAAUUGCUCGCCGUUCUGAAGGACUCUUUCUGUACGCUGUCAACGUCGUCCAAGCAAUCAGUGAAGGUCGUUUACAUCUUCACGAAUUGGCCGAGUUACCUGUUGGUAUGGGAGCUUAUCUGCAGCAGUUCUUUGCGAGUCAUUUCGCUGACCACGACAUGUACAAGCAUCGUGUACGACCCGUGCUGGAGGUAUGCUGUGCAGCGUAUGAGCCGCUUCCCGUUGCCACAAUUGCUCGAGUAUUGGAAUGGGAUGUAUAUGAGCAAAGAGAUGCAGCCACCGUUUUGGGGUCUCUCUUCUCGAUAGAAGCUGGAAAUGACCCUGAGACUCAAACACUGCGACCAUUUCACACGUCCGUGCUAGAUUGGGUACGUGAUAGCAGCAGCUCUGGCGUCUUCUUUGUCGACGUUGCAUCAGGCCACGAGCGUUUAGGUCGCUGGGCAGCUCGGGAGUAUCAGACGCUCACACGCAGCAAUGCUUCUGAGUUUGUCAACCUCAACUAUGAACUGGAGGCAACGGGAGAUGAGAAGCUAAAGUCGAAGAUAUACAUCGUGCGCAAUGCCUGCAAUCACUUGAUGCAAGCUACUGGAGAGGAUUGCAUGCAACUCGUUGCUGCAUUUGCAGCAGAUGAAAAAUUCCAGCUAGCGCGUCGGCUUUUGCAUGUCCGUGCUGAAGGUUUGCAGAGCUUUUUCCAUGGAGAUAUCUCCCGCGAGAAAGCGCAGGAACUUUUGACGCGACGCCAACCUCAUCGAGUGGGCAGCUUUCUCAUCCGCUAUACAUCAAGGCAACAGACCUACUGUGCAUCUUUCGUGACUGGGCUGGAUGAGGCGAGUGGUGCACCCAAAUUCCGCCACAAUUUGAUUCACCACUUAGAAAAUGGUUCGUAUUCAACUGUUCCACAAAAAGAUGUGACGGAGAAGACGAUUUUGUAUCCAGAUCUCAUCAGCUUCGUCGAGCAGUACCAACGUAAAGGAGUCCUGACAGCUCCGGUCGCACGUGCUGCGCCUCUAAACCGAGAGAUCUCCAGAUGAAAUCUCUUUUCGAGGUAAGCAGCUUAAUAAAACUUGAAGGAUUCUUCAUGAUAUUUAUGAAAG